UUUGACAGUGACAACAUGGUGACAACAAACAGUGACACUAGUAAAUUGUAGUAAAUAAACAAGCAAGAUAACUAAUACAGUUUAUCAAUCUGUAAGUGUACUUAUAAUAGUGGAACCAGGACCCAGUUUUAGGCGGUAAUGAACCUACCAGAUACAGAUAGCGAAGACGAACUUCCACCAGGUUGGGAGGAAAGAGUGACAGUGGAUGGAAGCGUAUUUUAUGCAAAUCAUUUGCAGAAAGCUACGCAGUGGACUCAUCCUAGAACAGGUAAAAAGAAAAGGGUUUGUGGGGAUUUACCAUUUGGUUGGGAGAGAUGUGUAGAUAAAAAUACAGGAAAAGUAAUAUAUGUAGAUCAUGAGAAUAAAAGAACCACUUACACAGAUCCCAGACUAGCAUUUGCAGUUGAAGAAAAAGAGAAUGUAAAUGAUUAUCGACAACGUUUUGAUGCUCAUACCAGUGCCCUACAAAUCCUUCAUGGUAAAGAUUUGAAUGGAAAAAUAGCUAUUGUAACAGGAGCGAAUACAGGAAUUGGUUUCGAAACAGCCAGAUCCUUACUCAAACAUGGUUGUACUGUGAUAUUUGCCUGUAGAAAUUUGAAAUCAGCUGAAGCAGCGAUCGAAAAGAUAAGAGAAGAGAAACCUAUCCCAGAUGAAAAAUGUCCAGUAUUUUAUUUGGACCUUGCCAACCUAAAAACUGUGAAAGAUUUCCACGACCAAGUGAGGCAACUGAAAAUUCCCAAGAUCGAUAUGCUCAUUUUGAAUGCAGGGGUUUUUGCCCUUCCUUUCUCCAAGACUAUCGAUGGAUAUGAGACAACAUUCCAAGUGAACCAUUUGUCACACUUCUAUCUCACCUGUUUAUUCGAUGACCUACUCUCUACUGGUAGUAGAGUUGUAGUUUUAUCUUCAGAAUCCCACAGAUUUUCCACCAUAACACUGGAUAACAUAUCAGAGCUGAAACUGUCCCCAGAAACUGCAUCAAACUUCUGGUCUACAAUGGCAUAUAAUAAUUCGAAACUUUGCAAUGUACUCUUCGCUAGACAGUUGGCCAAAAAGCUGCAAAAUCGGGGAGUUUCCGUCUUUAGCGUGCAUCCUGGUAAUAUGGUGUAUUCAGAUAUAGCGAGAUACUGGUGGUUCUACAGGCUGCUCUUCUACAUAGCCCGCCCCUUCACCAAAAGCCUUCAACAGGCCGCCGCUACAACCAUAUUCUGCGCCGUUGCUCCAGAACUGAACGGAGUGACUGGUUGUUAUUUCAACAAUUGUUAUCAGUGUGAAGAGAGUAAGUCUGCCCAGAAGGACGAUUUGGCAUUGGCCCUGUGGGAAAUCAGCACACAGAUGGUGGAGAAGGUGAUGGGAGAACAGAGAGGUUCCAUUUUUAAAAUAUGAUAAUUCUAGUCAGUUUUGGGUUUGUGUGAUUGACGCAAAGGACCCAAUACUUUUGUAUUUAUGCCUUAUGUUGGAAAUAAAUGUAUUCGUUGAGGUAAAAA